ACAAAAUCUCAACAGUCAAUGAAUCAGUUCCAACCUUAGUGCCACACGUCACUGCACAACUCACUGUUGAUCAAGCAAAUGAACUAAAGACCUUUGUUAUUGGUGAUGGCUUGAACUAUGGUGAAACUCCCAGAAAGCGACGAGAGGCCGAAUGGUUCAGGAUAGCAUAUGAUGAAAGUGGGAAACAAGGGACGAGAGACAGAAGGAGUGAUGACUCUGCAAAAACAGCGUUGUUUUAUAACAGACCUUUAGAGCCGAAUUCAAAUUAUUCCGCUUUUCAGAGAACGUUUAUAGAUGAG